AUGGUAUUUUCUGACGAAGACGUAUGGGAAGUUCCCGACGACUCUGAUGAUGACUACUUUGAAAUUCAAGAAGCUAUAAUAGCGUCUAUGGAACCCCCAUCGCCUACCACCACAAAUCACACACGGACGAAGACGAACGCGGCCGGGGCCGGUGCGGCAAGGAUCCCGCGGGGUCAAAGUCCGCAGAGCCUCCAGGAGCUGGUCCAGGCUUCUCAGAAGAGUACGGGGACGCGUAAGAUAAAGGGAAGGGCUGUGUGGGAGGCGGAAGUGGCGGAUAUGAUUUCGUCUUGGGUGGGAAUUCAUGAGAUUGAGGGGUACGCGGGUAUGCGCGGGACGGUGCAAGCUCUCAGGGAGGGAUCCCAGCCUAAUACCAUGAGCUUCAACUUGCAAUUCGAGGAUAUCGAGGGGGAAGAGCACGAGCUUCAGCUUGAAAUGAACUUUCGCGACCUCGAUACCUACCCCAUGUCCUAUACAGUCAACAUCAAAUCCACACAAAAACUUCCACGCCGUGCCCAACGCACGUUUAACCGCUUCACCGACAUCUACGGGCUCUCUGUCCCUACUCUCUUUCAGAAACUCCUCGCGUCUCUCCAGGGCGACGACGAAGCGACCGGCGGCGAUCCGGAUGAUGUAUCAGACAUGGAAGAUGAGGAUGAUGAAGAUGAGGAUAGUGUAGAUGAUCCGUGGGUGGAUGAAGUUGAGAAGCCGGUGGAGCAGGGCGAGGAGGUUCCAGCGGAAUGGACUAGUCUGCGGAAGCAUUUCGAGCAAGCAAAAUCGUGGGGAUAUCGACCUGGAUUGACAAGAGUAUCCGACUACUGGGUCAUCUCCUACUCGAUACCACUCAAGAAUAUCUCUAUCGACCCCAACAUACUCGCGACCUGGGACGAUUCUCUCGUCGAAGCUUGGGAAGACGACCAGCGUUUCGUGCUCUUGAUGGGUGUGGACAACUAUCCGCCCAAGCCUGAGUCGAUGAAAUUCUGGAUGGGCUUUCACCAUGACUAUAAACCGUCUCGCCAGCUCGUCAUUGACACCACCCGUGGCAGCGGUCUCCCACCCUUCUUUCUCUCCAGCUCCCUGCUCGAACAUAUCAAGGGUUUCCACCGUGUAUUCAACCUCCAAGUCAACUAUAAUCUCGGAUGGGAAGAGGCGAAUCGACAAGGUCUCGACGAACAAGUCUAUUACAACUACAUCUCUACCAACGUCAUUCCUCGCCCAGAUUCUCGGGGCAGUAGAGGAAAGAGAAAGCACAAAUCCGAACGGGCGGAUGAUCCUGUGGCACGCGGCUUUUCGGAUAACAUCCCGCUUUGUGCCUUCUACUGGGUUCUCAAACGCUUUGCCGACUCUCCCAAGUUCUGCAUGAACUGCGGCUCCGAAGUCGAAGCCGUCUCCGUCCGACCAUACGUCUGCUCCAAGACUCUUUGCCUGUACGGCUUUAUGUCCCUCGGCUUCGGUCCGUCCAUCGAUCACACCAUCAUCACUCAACCCGGAGUCGUCGACCUCCUCCUCUCUUUCGCGCAUUCAGCCGCCUCGUCCGAUACGCGUAUGGCUCUCCCAACUCAUCUGCACAUCAUCGUCCCAGCCGAUUGCCCUUACAACACCAAAAAGGAAGCGAUCUUACUCGAUGACAUGUCGGACGAAAUAGUGCAGAGGAGGUCGGUGGCCUGGCUUAUCGAGAUGCUCCCGAGAGUGUCGCAUAUCAAGGCGUUCCUCGAGAGCGGGGGCAAACUGAAGGAUAUUGAGUGUCCUUCUGGAGCUAUCGGAGUGCUCAGAUGGGUCGUGGGCACAUGUCGAGCCUAUCUCAAAGAAACAAAAGAAGGCGAAGGUGUGAUGAACGACCAUUCUCAGAUCGAUAAUCGGUACAACCUGCCUGGGACGACGACGGAGGGGAGUGUCAGGCAGUUUACGUUUGUCGUUGGGGAUCCUGAGCAGGAGGUGAAAUUCAAGCAGGAGAUCCAGACGGCGCAAGGGCAGAACCCGAAUUGUAGAACGUAUCCGACCAUCCUUGCUUUCCAUGGUUCUGCAUCGGAGAGGUGGCAUAAUAUUCUGCGAACAGGUCUGGACUAUGUGGAGGUCGCAAACGCACGAGCGUAUGGACAAGGCGUGUAUUUCGCCAACGAAGCUUCAGUUUCCAUUGGAUGGUAUUCCCGUGUCAGCGUGAACCGCCCUCGUGCCAACGCCGACUUUCUUGUAUCAAAAGCCACGGCGCUUGUGGAGCUGGUGAAUGUCCCAGAGACGUUUGUGUCGAGGAACCCGUACUAUGUUGUCAACAACCUGAGGCAGAUCAAACCCUUCUUGCUCAUCGUCCACGGCGCACUCAAUCCACAGCUCGUGGAAGAAGCUGAAUCUGGCGAGGCUGAUGACACGACGCUUGCAGGCGUCACUAUCGCCGACGCCCAGGGGCAAAAUACUGUUCCUGUCGUUACUGCCCCAGCUGCUCCGGGUGCUGCUACGACGGCUGCUAGCGGUACGAGAAGCAAAAUAGCGGGCAUGUUUGGUACGGGCGAGAAGAAGAGGAAGACACUCAAACCUACGACUUUCCAACAUGACCCCAAAGUGGCGGUGACUUGGAGAUCUCAACCUUUGACUCUUCAAAUGCCUGCUAAAUUUGCUCCCACUCCUCUCUAUGACACCCAGCCCGAUGACGAACUCGACGCCAACAUCAUCAAUCCUCCUCUUCCCAAACCUGUCGACCAUUACGUACCCACUCUCGAAGCGAGGCUGCCCAACUUUCAGCUCAUGCCGCCCCCGACGGAGACAAGUAUCGUGGCGAGCAAGGCUUUGGGGAAGGAGUUCAAGGCGUGUAUCAAGGCGCAAGGCGAAGGUGCUUUGCCGUUCCAUGUGGACCCCGACAACGACUCGAUGUACUGCUGGUUACUCGAGCUGCACGAAUUCCCCGAUGACUCGCACCUUUGGAAAGACAUGAAGAAGUACGGUAUCACAUCCGUCGUCGCCGAGAUUCGCUUCCCCGCCGCCUACCCCCAUUCUCCGCCGUUCAUGCGCGUCGUACAUCCCAGAUUCCUGCCUUUCACUCGUGGAGGGGGCGGAAACAUCACAGGAGGGGGGUCGAUCUGUAAUGAGAUCUUGACGGCCACGGGGUGGAAUCCUGCGUUUAGCGUUGAGGCGAUCAUUAGGGAUGUCAUGGUAAACAUGACAGAAGCGACGCCAUCCGCUAAACUGGAUCCUCAACACUGGAACAUCCCCUACGGCAUGCAAGAAUCCAUCAGCGCAUACAAGCGCGGAUGGGAGGUGCCUUCAGGAUUCGACAAGCUGGCCCUUUGA